AGUUCUUUAAUACUUUGUCUUGAAGACACAUCAUUGGUUUCUUCUGAUGUGCAUUUUUAGUCCUGUAAAAUUGCCAGGUGCAGGGUGGGGAUAUAGAAGUUUUAAGAUUUUUUUGUUUUAAUUGAAUAGUUUCAUUAGUAAAGAAUUGUAUUUUCUUAUUGUAGCUUGGUGUGUGCCUUGCCUAGUUUCACUUGAUACUCUUCAGGAAUUAUGUAGAAAAGAAAUGCUCACAUGUAAAUCGAUUGGAAUCACCAAAAGGAAUCUAAACAAUUAUGAGGUGGAAUACUUGUGUGACUACAAGGUAGAAAAGGCUGAAUGGGAUUAACGUACAGAACUUGGUUAAAAUGCAAGUGACUCAUCCAAGAUUAAACAGAUAUGGAAUACUAUCUUGUAAAAUGGAAAGGAUGGCCAGAUUCUACAAACACUUGGGAACCUUUGCAAAAUCUCAAGUGUCCAUUACUGCUCCAGCAGUUUUAUAAUGACAAGCAUAAUUAUUUAUCUCAGGUAAAGAAAUGCAAAGCAAUAAUUCCAAAAUACAGUAACAAAGCUUUGAAACCUGCCAUUGCUGAGUACAUCGUAAAGAAGGCUAAACAGAGGAUAGCUCUGCAGAGAUGGCAAGAGGAGCUCAACAGGAGAAAGAAUCAUAAAGGAAUGAUAUUUGUUGAAAAUACUGUUGACUUAGAGGGCCCACCUUCUGACUUCUACUACAUCAAUGAAUACAAACCAGCUCCUGGAAUCAGCCUGGUAAAUGAAGCCACCUUUGGUUGUUCAUGCACAGACUGCUUUUUUGAGAAAUGCUGUCCUGCUGAAGCUGGAGUUAUUUUGGCUUAUAAUAAAAACCAACAAAUUAGAAUCCCACCUGGUACCCCCAUUUAUGAAUGCAACUCGAGGUGCCAAUGUGGACCUGAUUGUCCCAAUAGGAUUGUACAAAAAGGCACACAGUAUUCACUUUGCAUCUUUCGAACUAGCAAUGGCUGUGGCUGGGGUGUAAAAACACUUGUGAAGAUUAAAAGAAUGAGCUUCGUCAUGGAAUAUGUUGGAGAGGUAAUCACAAGUGAAGAAGCUGAAAGACGGGGACAGUUCUAUGACAACAAAGGAAUUACGUAUCUCUUUGAUCUGGACUAUGAAUCUGAUGAGUUCACAGUGGAUGCAGCUCGAUAUGGAAAUGUGUCUCAUUUUGUGAAUCACAGCUGUGACCCAAAUCUUCAGGUGUUCAAUGUUUUCAUUGAUAACCUUGAUACUCGUCUUCCCCGAAUAGCAUUAUUUUCUACAAGAACCAUAAAUGCUGGCGAAGAGCUGACUUUUGAUUAUCAAAUGAAAGGUUCUGGAGAUGUCUCUUCAGAUUCGAUUGACCAUAGCCCAGCCAAAAAGAGGGUCAGAACAAUAUGCAAAUGUGGUGCUGUGACUUGCAGAGGUUACCUCAACUAAAUUUUUGGGAAAUACAGCUGGUGAUAAUUUUGUUUUUCUCAGAUGUAACAAUUUUAAAAAUACACAUUUUGGACUCCCUUCAUAGUAUCACAGGUAUACCUAUGUUAACUUAUGAUUAAUGAUUCAAGACAUUUGCCAAAUGCAUUACUGAGUUUCCUGAGGAGAGGUACCCACAGUCACAUGGACUAAUAUAAAAUCUACCUAUUUAAUGACUAGAUACCCAAAGUGAAAGACAAAUUUUUCAGAUCAACAUGUGCAUUCUAAGCCUGUGGGAACAGAGAAAUUCCUCAAUUCUUUGACAAGUGUUAAAUAGUUGCUGAGAUCACACAGUCAACCUGCCACACAACUUAAGAGAGUUAAUUCAGUCUGGGUAAAUAUAUUCUAUUUUUGUUACUGUA